AUGGUUGAAUCACACAAGAAACGCCGUCUUUCGGGCGCAGAUACCACUGAGGAUGCCGAAGUCAAAAUUGAAGACACCACAACCACCACCGACGUCCCAGCACAACCCCAAGCCAGGCGGACUCUUUUCGUCCGCUCACUACCUGCCUCGGCCACCACAGAAAGCCUCGCAGAACACUUCUCGCAGUCCUACGUGAUUAAGCAUGCCGUGGUGGUCAGCGACCCCAAGACCAAGGUCUCCAAGGGUUUCGGUUUCGUCACAUUCGCCGAUCUCGAGGAUGCAGAGAGUGCUCUGAAGGAAUUGAACGGAUCUAAGUUCGAUGGAAAGAUAAUUCGCGUCGACUACGCCGAGCCUCGUAAGCGUGAGAUUGAUGAGAAAGUUGGCCGCAGUGUUCCCACCGCUGCGUCUCUCGAAUCGAAGCACAAGCGAGAGGAGGAGAGAGGACAGGGCGCACCGCCUAAGCUGAUUGUUCGCAAUUUGCCGUGGACUAUCAAGGAGCCAGAGGAUCUCUCGGUUCUGUUCCGCAGCUUCGGAAAGGUCAAGCACGCCACUCUUCCCAAGAAGAACGGCAAGCUUGCUGGUUUUGGUUUCGUCAUUCUGCGCGGCCGGAAAAACGCCGAGAAGGCGCUUCAGAAUGUCAACGGAAAGGAGAUUGAUGGCCGUACAUUGGCUGUCGAUUGGGCUGUUGAGAAGGAUGUGUGGGAGACUACCAAGAAGGAGGACGAGGAGGAGGAACCGAAAGAGGACAAGGAGGAUGUCGAGAUGGAGGAUGCCGAUGGUCACCUGGAAGAGCCCUCAGACGAUGAGACCUCUUCUGAAGGAUCAGAUGAUGAGGAGGACAACGAUCUGGAUGAGUUGGACGAAUUGGACGAGGACGCAGAAGAGCAAGACGACAACCGCAAUAACUCUACCAUCUUCCUCCGCAACCUGCCCUUCACCGCUACAGACGAUUCUCUCUACGAACACUUCACCCAAUUCGGUCCCCUACGGUACGCACGCGUGGUCCUGGACCACGAGACCGAGCGCCCUCGAGGCACCGGAUUCGACAAGCCAAAGGCCAACACUGCCAUGAAGCACUCAGUCCUCCAAGAUGAAAACACCGACCCCAGCGGACGCUACACUCUCGAAGGCCGAGUCCUUCAAGUCGCCCGUGCCGUCAGUAAGGGCCAAGCCGCAAAGCUGGAAGAGGAGGGUGUAUCACGCCGUCUAGUUCGCGACACAGACAAGCGCCGCCUCUACCUUCUCGGCGAAGGUACAAUCCCAACCAACUCCCCGCUGUACAAGAAGCUCUCCCCCUCCGAAAUCAAGAUGCGGGAGGAAAGUUUCAAGCAGCGUGAGACCUUCAUCAAGAAGAACCCCGCCCUCCACCUCAGUCUGACCCGUCUCGCCAUCCGUAACAUCCCCCGUCACAUUAACUCCAAGGACUUGAAGCAGCUUGCCCGAGAGUCCGUCGUCAACUUCGCCAAGGACGUCAAGAAGGGCGUCCGCCAGCCCCUCUCAAGAGAGGAGCAGCAGCGCUCCCGCGAUACCAUGAAGGAACUCGAGCAACUGCGUAAGCAGAAGAAGAUGGGUAUCGUCCGCCAGGCCAAGGUCGUCUUCGAAACCCGCGAGGGUACCAAGGUCUCCGAGAAGAGCGGUGGUGGCCGCAGUCGUGGAUACGGAUUCAUCGAGUACUUCACUCACCGACACGCGCUCAUGGGUCUGCGCUGGUUAAACUGCCACGCUAUUCAAGUGCCUGCAUCCGUGCAGGACGAGGACAAGGACAAGAAGAAGCGUCUUGUUGUUGAGUUCGCCAUUGAGAACGCGCAGGUUGUCAAGCGCCGCAAUGAGCUGCAGGCUAAAUCUCGCGAACCGAAGCCCAAGAAGUCCGACGAUGCCGGCGACGAGAAAGACUCAGACAAGCACGGAAAGAAGAGGAAGCGCUCCGAGAGCCGCGGUAAAGGGAAGGACGGCAAGGGAGGAAAUGGAAAGGCUGCGGAGGACGACAAGGAUGAUGAAGAAGAGAACAAGAUCGCCAAGCGCAACCGCAUCAUCUCGAAGAAGCGCAUGCAACGCAAGACCCGCAAGGGGAAAUGA